UGUAUCGUCUGUCGCCAAACCCGCCCAAGUUCGAAAAAAAUAAAAUAAACAUGUCUGGGAGAAGAGCACUUUGCAAAGAUUCAAACGUGACAUAUGAAGUCACCGUCAACGAUGGAGUUUAUGCUGACUCGACCAUCAUUAAGGACAACUCUAAACAAGGGAAGUUCGUAGAAGACGACGAUAGCGACCCACCGGUCGUCUUUUUCUGCGGGAGUUGCAAGUUGCCCGUCGGUGACUCGUUGUCUUGGGCUGGGAGUGAGGACGAAAAAAAUCAAAUACUGCUGAACCGUGUCAGUGACAAUGUUUUGGUUGGCAAAGAAACUCACUUCUCUGGUACCUGUAAGAAGGAUCUAGGCUGCCUGAAAGUCCACCUGACCUGUCGUGGCUGCAGCUCUCUGCUUGGCAUGGUCUACAUCUCUACACCCAGGAAACUGGACCACAUCAGGUCUCUGUUCUACCUCAAUGUGACUGCCAUAGAGAGCUAUGUCCUGGGGUCUUCCAGUCAGCAGGUGGCAGCAGUGAGCCCCAAGCAGCAGCCGGUCACUCUGGAGUACAGACAGGCUGUAGAGCGACAACUGGAUGAGUCGUGUGAUUCGCCAAAAUGA